ACCUGUGGUGAACACGGCCCUAAUCACUUUCCUCAUCCUGGCGGCAAACAAGCAACAGUCUGCGGAACAUGCAAAACUAGAGAAUAGCUUUGGAAAGGGUUUUGGCAGUCGUGAUGCAAGUCCGUUGCCAUCACAGAUGGGCAAUUGAUGGACUGGGGAUCCACGAUGAAGGGCAUUAUCGAAUGCAAAAAGAGCGCACGUGCCAAUCACACUCUACAGGUCGAGAAGCAGAAGGCUGCAGAGACCGUCGACUGGGUGAAGAGCCAGCCAGAUCCCGCCGGUAGCGCUAGAGCCAGGCGCCCCGUCUGCUACCAGGAUGGGGAGAAGCUGUAUGUCACCUUCUUUAGAUAUGGCCCUGCGUGGACAGAGUACAUCGCCAAAAACCGCGUGGGAAACGUCUUUCCAAUACCAGCAGAUAACCUUGCUACCAUGGCAUCCUUUGGACCUUGGACUAUCGACAAUGCGGACGACAUGGAGACUUUCGCACGAAUAAUCAUAGCGAUUCUACUGCACCCAUAG